AUGAAGCCACCAAAGAGGCCGAUCCAAGCCGCGUCGUCAUGGGUCCGGCGGCAGCCGCCGAAGGUGAAGGCGUUUCUAGCCGUCGUCAGCGGCAUGGCGGCGCUUGUCAUCCUACGCGCCAUCGUCCACGAUCACGACAAUCUCUUUGUGGCGGCGGAAGCCGUGCACUCGAUCGGAAUUUCUGUUCUCAUCUACAAAUUGAUGAAGGAGAGGACCUGCGCAGGUCUUUCACUAAAAUCCCAGGAGCUAACAGCUAUAUUUCUGGCUGUUAGAUUAUAUUGCAGUUUCGUAAUGGAGUAUGACAUACAUACUCUGCUUGACUUGGCGACUUUGGCUACUACCUUGUGGGUCAUUUAUACGAUUCGUUUUAAAUUAAACUCGAGCUACAUGAGUGAUAAGGACAAUUUUGCACUAUAUUAUGUGCUGCUUCCUUGUGCUGUUUUAGCUCUAUUGAUCCACCCAUCCACUUCACAUAACAUUGUGAACAGGAUUGCUUGGGCUUUCUGUGUUUACUUAGAAGCGGUUUCAGUGUUACCACAAUUACGCGUGAUGCAGAACACUAAGAUUGUGGAACCUUUCACCGCUCAUUAUGUAUUUGCGUUAGGAGUCGCAAGGUUCUUGAGUUGCGCUCAUUGGGUUCUUCAGGUUUUGGACAGUCGUGGCCAUCUACUCGUGGCUUUAGGUUAUGGACUUUGGCCCUCGAUGGUUCUUAUAUCAGAAAUUGUUCAGACUUUCAUCCUAGCAGAUUUUUGCUACUACUAUGUUAAAAGUGUUUUUGGAGGUCAGCUUGUCUUGCGCCUUCCAUCUGGAGUGGUCUAA